CACGCAAGAUUUCAUUCAAAGAAUAUCUAGCACAUUCGCGUGCCGAACUUCUUCACAACCCCAGAGAGCGGCAGUACAGCGAAACCAUACUUAAGCCGCGCGCAAUGAACCAAUCCGCAUCAGUUGUGCUUGUGAUCUCCAGCGCGUGAAGAUCGACCCUUUGCCCCUACGAUGGAAAAGUGGAUUGGUAAGGUGGCACUAGUGACCGGUGCCAGUACAGGUAUCGGACAGGAUGUGGCACUUGCCCUAGCCAACGCUGGCAUGAUCGUCGUGGGAAUAGCGCGACGGGCCGAGCUAGUCACGGUACUCUCGACCCAAGUUACCGGGCCGGGCAAGAUCUACGCCAAAAAGUGUGAUGUGAGCAGUGAGACAGAAAUCAUGGAAACGCUCAGCUGGAUACGCCGUGAGUUUGGUGGAGUGGAUGUGCUGAUUAACAACGCAGGCAUUUAUCGUUAUCAUUUUAUUACGCAGAGCGAAACAUCCGAUUUUAGGGACACGUUUAACGUGAACGUGUUGGCAGCUUGUAUUUUUAUCCGUGAGAUAGUAAACGACAUGAAGACCCGCGAAUCGUACGGCCAUAUAGUGCUGCUCAACAGUUUGCUCGGUAAACGGGUCCCGGACGUAUCGGUGCCACUGUUCGGUGUGUAUCCUGCGUCCAAGUUUGCGCUGGUCGGGCUGACGGAAGUUUUACGGCAAGAGCUCAACUUCUUCAAGUUGCCCAUCAAAGUGACGAAUGUUCAUCCCGGUAUGGUUGAAACGGAUAUGAUCAAGGUGUUUGAGUCAGCACUAGCGGAACGGCUGCCAAAGCUACAGGUCAAGGAUAUUACCGCCAGCAUCAUACACUGCCUCGAGACACCGCCAGAAGUUCGUAUUGAUGAAAUAACUGUUAUGCCAACUAUGAAAUGAUCAUCCAGGCCUAAAUAUUCCUCAACCUUAUAUCACGUUUGUUCUGCUCAAUAAAAGUUGUCCACGAAUGCGUAUCCACUGAGCUGCA